AUUGUUGAUAAGGGCUUGUUCAAAGCUAUGUAAUAGUAUUCAAGAAGUAAUUAAGUUUAUAAAUUGAUUGAGUUUCAUCAAAUUUAUUUUAAGUUGUGAAUAGGAAAAGAAGAAAAAAAAUCAAAAUUCUUAAUUCCUUUUUCCUAAUAUUUGCGAUAUAAAGAAUUUUACAUGAAACUUAAGAUGUUGUAAAUAAUUACAAUAGAGUGAAAGUGUAUUAAGUUUUUAAAACUUAUUAUCUCAAAUUCUUUCGCUAAUUCCGAGAAGAAAGAAGGAUUUUUGUCCUUUUUCCUACUGCGAAGAAGAAAGCGUAAAGAAAAAUUUGAAGAUGGAAGAAGUGGACAACGGGUUAGAAGUCAUUCAGUCAAUGAUUGACAUUUCGGCGGACCGAUUAGAGCGUUUGAGGACUCAGUGUGCUACAAGCGCUGAAUUAACGCAGCAAGAGACUCGAUCACUUGAGUCAAAGCUUGUUCGUAUGUUUUGUGAGCUUCUUCUAACACGUCAAAAUAUGCCCGAUGGAAUUGAAACGCCAGCAUCCAAUGAUGAUUUACGGCAAUGGUUGCGAGUGGUAGGAUUAAGUAAACAAACAAUCAAUGCUGUGAUCCAACAUGUAAACACUCUUGAGACGUUGCUAAAGAUGAAUGAGAAUGACAUUUGCGCAAUUUUAACUAACAAUCAAACAGUACAGAUGGAAGAGUCUCGUCGUUUGAUGUGUGCCAUCAACAAUCUCAAACGAUGUCAACAAUGUUUAAAAUCCGGUACUGAACCAUCCGACAUGUUCUGGGAUUCAUGGGAUAGAAGAAAUAAUAUUCGAUUGAGUUCAUCAUCCAAAAUUUCUAACAAUCGGCUCACAACUGUGAUUGUAAACGAUCAAAUUCCUCAGGAUGAUUACGUUCAAUCGCCAGUUGAAAUUUCUCCACCGGAUACACAAAUAUCGUCAUCAAGUCUUAUGACAAGUGGCACAUUAAACUCCUCUUCGGACAAGCUUCUUAAUAUGAUCUCACCAGAAGAAUGUUCUGGUAUAAGCAACCUUUCACCAUCACCAAGUCCCCCACAAAGCCCAUCAGUCUACAACACAACAUCACAAUCAUCAUCUGGUAGCAAUAGACAGAGACUGGUCUCUCAAAAAGUUUAUAAUAAUAAUCUUAAUAAUAAUAUUCCACGUUUUAAUGGAUCCAACAAAGAUAUGAGUAGCAGCAUUAGCAGCAUUGGUACAUCAACAACGACAUCUAAUAAUUUUAACAACAAUGACAUUGAAAUGGAAAUGGGUGUUGAUUCAGGUGUUGAUGGAAUGAGUAAAUCGAAAUCUAACGAGUCACAACUUUCAGUAAAUGGUCAGAAGCAAUUGCAAAAUGGAUCUAUAAUAAGCGGUUCGGAACUUUCAAGCGAAUCAGCAGCGCCAGUUCCUGUUCCUGCUCCUAGAACAAGAUUUCCGGUUACAAACAACCAUCAAGAUUGUGGUAGUGAAAAUUAUCCCCUUGAGAAUCACGUCGUAACGCCAAUUAUUGUAAGUGAUACAUCAGCACCGCCACGUUCGCCAUGCACACCAGUACGUGUUAUGGGACACAUUAUACAGCACCGGUUCUCAAAGAAAUUCAAAUUCACGACAAGCACUUGUGAUUUGUGCAACAAACAAAUGUUUUUUGGCUUCAAAUGUACUGAAUGCAAAUAUCGUUGUCACAAGGAUUGCAAGUCAAAUGUACCGCCUUCAUGUGGAUUACCAAAAGAACUUGUAGACGAAUUUAAAAAGACUCUAUACUCAGAUGGACUCAUGCCAAAUGCGUCUCCAAAUCUUCCAAGAGCACCUGGCUUGAUGCCAGUUAAAAGAAAUGAAUCACGACGUGCGCCAAUGCAUAGCAUCCCAUUUCAUGGAGCUGACAGCAGCUCGGCAGGUUCCAGUUGCAACAGUUCAUCACCAUCAAGUCCCGCUCUAUUAACGAUUCCUCCACAAACACCCGCCAAUAAAUCACAAUUUAAUUUUCCUGAAGUUUCAUCUGCCUCAGUUACAAAUCAAAAUCAUCAAAAUUCACAUCACAACAGUAGCUAUUUGCCAAACACAAGUGUUAUCAUUGAAGAUGCUGAAUUUGAGCAGCAGCAGCAGCAACAACAACAACCACAGACACAUUCCAAAAGUGGCGACAAUUCAGUGCAUUUACGUAGUAAUUUUCCUAAUAAUUAUCAACACUCACUGACGUCAAUGAUAAACAGUGAAGCGGGAAAUCAACAAAUUCAGCUUAACGGGAGUAUCAUAGAUAUUAAUGGUACCCAACAAAGCAAUGACAGUGAUAAAACAAUGAGUACAGGUGAUUCAGAUCGAAUGACCCCACGAUUAGAGUCAGUUGAAGAACGUGAUAGUAACAUGUGGCCACGUCAAAACAGUUUGUCACUUAAAGAGUGGGACAUUCCUUAUGAUGACCUUAAUCUUGGUGCAAUGAUAGGAAGAGGACGUUUUGGAACAGUAUUCAGAGGAUAUUGGUAUGGAGACGUCGCUGUCAAGAUUCUCAAAGAAGAUUUCUUAGACGAUGAGCAUGCUAUUGAGGCAUUUAAGCUUGAAGUGGCUAUUUUUAAGAACACACGACAUGAAAAUUUAGUUUUAUUCAUGGGAGCGUGUAUGAAACCACCAAGGCUUGCAAUUGUGACUUCCAUGUGUAAGGGGAACACUCUUUACACUCACAUUCAUUUACGAAGAGACAAAUUCAAUUUAAACAAGACAACAUUGAUCGCUCAACAGAUUGCACAAGGAAUGGGUUAUUUACAUCGUCGUGGAAUUGUUCACAAGGAUUUAAAGUCAAAGAAUAUUUUCUUAGAAAAUGAGAAAGUCAUCAUCACUGAUUUUGGAUUGUUUAGUGUAACGAAACUCGUUUAUGACUGUGAUACGGGACUCGCUAUUCCUUGUGGCUGGUUAUGCUAUCUCGCUCCAGAAUUGAUAAGAAAUCUUAAACCAUAUCGUCCAACAAAUGAGGAUUUACCAUUCACAAAAUCUUCUGAUGCAUACGCUUUUGGCUCGAUUUGGUAUGAGUUGCUGUGUGGCGAAUUUCCAUUUAAAUCACAACCACCAGAGUCAGUUAUAUGGCAAGUUGGUCGUGGAAUGAAGCAAUCACUUACUAAUCUUCAAGCAUCGAGAGAUGUUAAAGACAUUCUCAUGAUGUGUUGGUCAUUUCAAGCUGAUGACAGGCCUGACUUUAAUCAAUUGUUUACAACUUUGGAACGUUUGCCGAAGAAAAGACUUGCAAGAUCACCAUCGCAUCCAAUUCAAUUGUCACGAUCAGCUGAAUCAGUUUUCUAGAAGAAGGAAUACGGUGGUGUUUUGGACAAUUCAACAACAACCACCACAGAAGCAUGUCACGUUGUGUGGGAUAUUUAAUAAGUUCAAUGCGCUACCAUUAUCCUCAUGUGAGUUUUUAAAAGAGUUUAUAAGUUUGAUGAAAGAAUGAUUUGGAAACAAAAUUCGGUUAGGUUGAAGAAAAAUCUUGAAGAAGUUUUUCACUUCUGCUAAACAAUAUUUUCAUUUUGUGUAAAUAUUCAAUUGGAAAAAAAUAUAAAUAUAUAUAAAUAGCAAAUCACAUGGUUAAAUGGCUAAAUUGCGAGAUUUCUGAGAAUAGAUUUCAAAGAUUGUGUAAAGAUCAACUCCUACUUAUCUACUUGAAACCAGCAAGUCGAUAAAUAAUUAACCGAGAAUGAAAGAAAAAUAUGAAAAAUUUUACU